CAGCACCAGACGACUCGUCCUCCACGAUCCCGUUUCUCCAAUUUCAAUUCCGCAAGAGCGAGAGCGAGAGAGAGAGAGAGAGAAGGAGGAUCCAGACGAAGUUAUUCGUUUCCGGGAAGAGAGAAAGAGAAAGAGAGAGACUUAACGAACGAUGUCGCUGAGGCCGAGCACACGCGCGGAGCUGAGGAAAAAGAUAUACAAGACAGGGGUCGAUGCCGAUGAGGCGAGGCGGAGGAGAGAGGACAAUCUCGUCGAGAUUAGGAAAAACAAGCGUGAGGACAGUCUCCUUAAGAAGCGUCGCGAAGGAAUGAUGCUCCAGCACCAGCAGCCUCUCGGCGGAGUUGGCCUCGACGGUCCCCAGAACGCUGCCGCUGCUGAGAAACGAUUAGAAGGUAUUCCAAUGAUGGUACAAGGUCUUUAUUCUGAUGAUCCUCAAGCUCAGCUAGAAGCCACAACUCAGUUUAGAAAGUUGUUAUCUAUAGAGCGUAGUCCUCCUAUUGAUGAAGUGAUCAAAGCUGGGGUUGUCCCACGUUUUGUGGAGUUUCUUGGAAGGCAAGACCAUCCGCAAUUGCAGUUUGAGGCUGCAUGGGCUUUGACCAAUGUUGCGUCAGGAACAUCAGAUCAUACUCGGGUUGUAAUUGAACAGGGGGCGGUUCCUAUCUUCGUUCAGCUUCUUAGUUCUGCUAGUGAUGACGUUAGAGAGCAGGCGGUGUGGGCCUUGGGCAAUGUUGCUGGGGACUCUCCAAACUGCAGGAAUCUUGUUCUCAACUAUGGGGCUCUUGAGCCAUUGCUGGCUCAAUUAAAUGAAAAUUCUAAGUUGUCCAUGCUAAGAAAUGCUACGUGGACCUUGUCUAACUUUUGUCGUGGUAAACCGCCAACACCAUUUGAACAGGUGAAGCCUGCGUUGCCAGUUCUUCGGCAGCUUAUCUAUCUGAAUGAUGAAGAAGUUCUCACCGAUGCCUGCUGGGCUCUCUCCUACCUUUCAGAUGGCCCCAAUGAUAAGAUUCAGGCUGUGAUCCAGGCAGGUGUCUGUCCACGACUUGUGGAGCUUCUGAGUCAUCCAUCACCUACGGUUCUCAUUCCUGCCCUUCGAACUGUGGGGAACAUCGUAACUGGUGAUGACUCUCAGACACAGUUUAUAAUUGAUAGUGGUGUACUUCCGCACCUUUACAAUUUGCUUACGCAAAAUCACAAGAAAAGUAUUAAAAAAGAAGCUUGUUGGACUAUCUCGAAUAUUACUGCUGGAAAUAAAGUUCAAAUAGAGGUUGUAAUUGAACAGGGGGCGGUUCCUAUCUUCGUUCAGCUUCUUAGUUCUGCUAGUGAUGACGUUAGAGAGCAGGAUACAUGCCUCUCGUAUUUGGUUUGNUCCAAUGCCACGUCAGGAGGGUCUCAUGAGCAGAUUCAAUAUUUGGUGACCCAAGGCUGCAUCAAGCCACUCUGUGAUCUUCUAAUCUGCCCUGAUCCGAGGAUUGUGACAGUGUGCCUCGAGGGGCUUGAAAACAUUCUUAAGGUUAGUGAGGCUGACAAGGAGAUGGGAUUAAACGAUGGGGUGAAUCUCUAUGCUCACAUAAUAGAAGAAUCUGAUGGGUUGGACAAAAUCGAAAACCUUCAAUCCCAUGAUAACAAUGAGAUAUAUGAGAAGGCCGUUAAGAUAUUGGAGAGAUAUUGGGCUGAAGAUGAGGAAGAGCAGAUUCUGCAGGAUGGCGGGAAUGAAAAUUCACAACAGACCUUCAAUUUUGGGACCAACCAGCCCGCUGCCCCCCCUGGCGGAUUCAAAUUUGGCUGAAAAGGUAUAGUACAAAUUGAAUUCCUUUGGUUUGGGGAACAUGAGAUUCAACUUUUGCAACUGUUAUUGACAAUUGCCAAUUUCAAGUUCGAGUUUUUGAGUUCUGAUGCAAAAAGGCUUAUUUCUUCUGUUUUUUUUUUUGUUGUUGUUGUCCUUAUUUGUCUGAAUCAAUCUCUGAUUCUGUAUCUUAAAACUCUGGGAUGGAUUAUGUCUAGUGUGGUUACUGGUUUAGGAUAUGGUCACACUUUGUAUUUGUUACUUUUAUCUUUGUCGUUAUUAUUAGUUUUAUAACUUUUA